AUGCUGAGCGCGCGCGAGAACAAUAAUAAGAUCGUGUUUGCGGUCGCUGCCCGAGGAGGAAUUCGGAGGAGGCGCGAGGCCCGGAGCUCGCACGGAACCCAGAAAGCUCGGCGGGGAAGCGGCGGCGCGGCUCCUGGGAGCUGCACGCGGCGGCGGUAGCGGCGGCGGCGGCAGCAGGAGGACUCGGCGCGGCCGGACGCGUGCUCCCCUCCCCCGCAGCCGGGCGGGGAUCUGCCGGGGCCUGCGGGUCCACCCCACAGCGAGAGAGGAGAGAGAGAGACACCGCUUGCCUCCUCGGCCGCUGCCUCGCCGCUUUCUCUCGUCGGAGCGGCCGCUCGCGCGCCCGACUCCGAGGCCCGCGGGGGAGCGCGGCGCGGUCCGUCGGCCCCGCGCGCGGGGCGCGGGGAGUGUAGGGGGGCGGGCGGCCUCCCGGCAUCUUCGCGGCGACCAAGGACGAGCGGGCAGGGCAACGACCGGGAUGGCGCGCCCGCGGCCCCGCGAGUACAAAGCGGGAGACCUGGUUUUCGCCAAGAUGAAGGGCUACCCGCACUGGCCCGCCCGGAUUGACGAACUCCCAGAGGGAGCUGUGAAGCCUCCAGCCAACAAGUAUCCUAUCUUCUUUUUUGGUACCCAUGAAACACAAUUCAGCAGCAGAGCUCUUCAGAAACUGAGGGAGAAGGUGGAAACACUGCAGAUGCGAGCAGCGAGGAAGAAGGAGACGGAGCAGAAGAUGGGAAGGGCAAAAGGAAGAAUGAGAAAGGAGGCUCGAAACGGAGAAAGUCCUACACUUCAAAGAAGUCUUCUAAACAGUCCCGGAAAUCUCCAGGAGAUGAGGAUGAUAAAGACUGCAAAGAAGAGGAAAACAAAAGCAGCUCUGAGGGCGGAGACGCCGGCAAUGACACCAGAAACGCGACUUCAGACUUGCAGAAAGCCGGGGAAGGGACCUAACUACCGUAAUGAAUGCUGCAUGUUGAGAGAAACCACAAGAAGGUUAAAUGUUUGAUUGUCUAAUUCUUGGAUUUGAUAUGAACCAACACAGUCUUUGUUGUCAUUGACAGAAUCCCACCCAGUAUGUGUGUACAUUAUUCACAUUCCUCUCUGUUCUGUUGAAGGGAAAAAAAGACAUUUUGACCUUUUUUAAGGUUAUUGACUUAAAUUUAUGUUACUUGGUUGCAUGAAGUUGCCCUUAACCACUAAGAAUUAUCAAGAUUUUUGCACAGACUUUUCCACGUCUAGCUCCUUUUCCAAGGCAGAUCUGGUCAUCAGCUUCCUGCCUUUUUCCCACCAUCAUCAAAUACUCAGUUAAAUAGUAAUUCAUAUUUUUAGAUGACAACUCAACAUAACACUUAAGAAUGGGAUUUUCUUUCUACCAGAACCCAAGAGCCAACUCCUAGGUAUAUAUUGUUGGUAUAUUGGAGAUGAAAUUGAAGUCAUCUUUUGAUUUUAAGGCCAUGUGUAAAGUUUAACCAUAUUGUACAAUACCUGUUCUGUAUUAGAAAUAGAUAGUUGAAACUUACACUUCUCAAAACUCAUGUUGCUGUGUACACAAACUGAGUGUAUAUUUGUGAACCUAGUGAGUCUUUUUGUGUUAUACCAAAAUAAAGCAAGGAUUUAUUUUUCCCAAUGCCGAUAUGAUUUGAGCUAAUCACUCAAGGUGUCACUUUACACUUGAAAGCUGAAAUCAGCAGGGGCGCUAUGGGAAACCAGACAAAGCAUUGACUCUUGAAUAUAGACUUAAAAUAAACUUUUCUUUUGGAACUAGAAUUAGAGUAGUUAACGUUCAUCUGCAAAUGAUUAUUAUGUGUACAUUAUUGUUGCUAUUGUGAUACUAGAGAAUCUUAUUUAUUUUUAUGCCAGCUUAUACUGUGAGAACACAUAUUCAGUUUGGGUUUCAUCAAUUCUGUUAUGCUUGUCCUUGGAACAUCUCUUCCGUGUGUGUUUGAGGUUUGUAGCUGAAAAGUUUACUGUAAAAAAAAAUCAAAAACAACAAAAAAAUGUAUUGUUUUUACAGAAUAAAUUUAUUGGAAUGUGUAUUGGGAGUAAGGUUUGAGGUUGUAAACAACUGAGUUAGUCUUAUUUGGGUUUAUACGUGUAAUGUGAAGUAUUAAUGUAAUUCCUAUAUUAAAGCAAAAAUUGACAGCAAGUUGACAUAAGAAUUAAGUCAGGUGAGGAUUUUAUUUUUUCUAUCUUUUUUCUUUUUAACUAUUCUGGAUGUUAGGUUAAUUGAAAACAUUGGGAGGAAUGGGAGGGUGGAGCAGUAUGAUCUGCCUACACACCUGAGAAAACACCAGCUCAGAGGCUCCUAUGUUUACACACAACUGUGUGUGCAUCCCACUUCCCUCUGGUGUCUUAUGUUGUUGAAGUACUAAUUAGCAUGAAGGCAAACUAUUAAGAUGACCUAAAAGCCCAGUGUCAUGUGAUGAUGAAGGUGAUGCUGGGCUGUGAGAGCUAAAUGCAGUCAGUCCACUUACCCUUCAGGGCAUACUAAAGAGGCUACUGUGUUUGGGACUUAUUUUUGUCAUUUAGCAAUUAGUGGUUUCUCUAUUGUACUGAGUUCCAAGUAUGAAAGUUCGUUAAGAGACAGGGUGCCACAUCAGGUUUUAUCUUUAAAAGGUACUUUUUAAUUUUAAGUAUUUUAUUCUAAAAUUAAUGAAAUUCAUCAAAAGACCUCUUCAUUGAUCACACUAAAACAUGGAGAAUAUAGAUAACAUUUUAAAUUGGAACAUAAAACAAACAGAUUUCUUAAAUAAAAAGUUCAAAGUUUGUCAUGAAAAUGUAUACAUAAAAUACUUCAAAUUUAAUAAAGUUUGUCUUCAUAAAACACCAAAAAUAAUUUUAUUGAAAGUAUACACAGAAACACAAGAGGAAUAUUACCAGCCACCAAUAAAACAAGUGUUCAUUAAGGCUACUAAUAGUUGAUGUGUGUCAUCUUAGCCAUUUAAGUUCACAAAAGAAGUUUUGAUAGCAAUUUUUUAAAACAGCAGUAAGUAAUAUACUUUCCUUAUGAAGACACUUCAAACAACUUAAAAAUAUUAUGACGAUCUGGCAUUUAUAUUAAGGUUGUCAAUGACUCAUACAAUUCAUACAAAGUUAUUUCUCCAACCUGUAAUUGCGGUUUUGAAUUGUUUCAUAUGCAUAGUGAAUAUGAUUAGUCACUUCUGAAUAGUUUCAUUUUUAUGCUAUUUGUAGGCACUAGAGUUGUAAUUUUCAUACACAAUAUGUGCAAUGUUAAGAUUCAUGGUCACAUUCACAGACAAAUUUUGAUAUAUUUCUUUAAACAAGCUGUUUCUCAACUUGAAUUUCCCUUCAAAAAUGAGAAUAUCCCUAUACAAUACCAUUAUUUCACUCCCACAUCCACUGUAGAGCAAGAGUCUGUAUUCUCAUGAGAAUCCUGGAAGGGAAUGAAGUAGAGCAUCCGUUCCAUAUAACAGGGUCAGAGAGAACUGAGGUAUGGUUAUUCCACCUUUUCAUCGGCCUUUGUUCUUAGGAAGAACUCUGGACUGUAAGUACAACGGUAGGCCAGCAGCUGAGGAAGAACUCCAUAUGCUAUGUUUAACGCUAAAAAAAGGAUUUUUGCUUCUUCAGGGACUCUGUAGACGUAAGCAGUUCUAGCAUGAAGGGAAGCACCAAUGUGAGAAAACUGAGCCUGUUUACAUCCAAACAAAAAACAAAAAGUAAGCAUGAGAUCAUUCACUUGGAUUAAGGAUGAAUUCUGGGUGACUCGUUCAGACCAUGUACCCUCCAAACCUGUCUUUAAAGCAAAAUUCUUUUAGAUAAUCCACAGUCUUAAUACAUAGUCUUUCACUAAAUUUAAGGUUGUUCUUGAUGUAACUAUUCAAAUAAUAUAUCAUAUUUAAAGUGUGCUUUUAUCAUUCCAAGUUGUGGGUUUUUAACCUAACCCAUGCCGAACACCAAACAUUUCUGAUUUGAAUUCUAGGAACGCUACGUAGACACUUCAGCUAAGUCUCACAAAUUGGGUUACAAUUCAAAAUGAAGUUGAGUUCAAAAGCUAAACUGUAGUUAGUAUAAUGAGCUACUUAAAGAGAAGCUCUGAAGAUCUCAGUGUUGUUGAUCAGACUGACUACUAUAAGCAAGAGCUCAGAGCCCUACCAACAUGUAGUUUUGUUUAUUUGUGUAUUUGGUUUUGUGCAACUUAAUUGCACUAUGGUUGUUUGUAACACUUGUUAAUAGCUUGGCUGUGGAUAGCAGUAUGAUUAUAAAAUGGCAAAUAUGUACACAGGCAACCUUUUCAAAACAGACUGAAAUCUACUUAGAAUUGUGAGUGGUCAGCAUAAUCCAAGUUUCAGAACAGAAAGGCAAGAGCCUCCCUCUGUUUAUAUAUAUAUAUAUAUAUAUAUAUAUAGACGAUUCAGAAUGUGCCUGUUGAGUUUUGCUUGGCUCGUUUGUUUUUAGUACUUUUACAUAAGCACAGAGAAAAACUAUUAGAAAAGUAAUACAGGCCAUAGCUGGCUUAAAAACCAAGAAGAUAUUUUCUCAGAAGAAGUUAUUAUAAAAUGCAAACCUCAAGUCUGCAUUUUUAUGUUUGAAAUUCAAGAUACACAUGAAUAAAGACUGAGGAUUUAGAUGCAGUAAGUAAUAAAUCAUUGGCAUACUAUGAUCAAAGUGGAAAGAUAAAGGGUACUGUAAUCUAAGAGGCGGAAGGAACGAGAAUGAAUCACUAGACAAUUGUUUUUAAUGUAUUUGUUACCUUACAGUUCCUACAUUGAUUGUGCUAAGUGGCUAACAUAAAAGUUCUAUUUAGCAUUUGAUUUGACCUUGACAAGAAAAGGGCAAGCUUUUAUAAACAGCGUGUUUAGGAAUUUGUAUCAAUGGCAGAUAUUUUAAUGGGCUACAAUUUAUAAAUUACUGAUAUAUUCUGGAUACCUCUAAUAUGUUUUUGCUACUCUGGAGAUUAAAUAAAAUUCCUGUGGUGUGUUGACAAGGACCAACAGGUGGAUUGUCUGCAUUGUGAUCCACAGGCACUGAGAGGGCCCUGCCCUCGGACACACCUCCCUAGGGCAGAUGGCCAAAGGCCCAGCAAAUGUUUGCAUCUCAGGGCUCCACAGACAAAAGACCUUGAGAAUAAAGGGCACUUUGGAGGCUGCCUUGAGGAGCUGCCGCUGUGGACAGUCUGGGACUCUGAACAAAACUUGGCCUCUGACACUAUUUUUCUCUAGGUCCUAUUUUAAAUAGCUGUUUAUCUGAAUAUAUAACAAUUUUAUUCUGGACUAGAGGCCAGUUUUGAACUCUGGUUUUGUCAGACUUGUGGGUUUAGUGAUUCUAUUCCUAUAGAUUAUUAUGUACAUCAUAAAAUGACCAGAAAAAUGCCAUCCAUAGUUUCCAAGAAUAAGUAACAUGAGCAGUUGCGUGUACUUGUAUAGGCAAACCUGCCUGAAAGGUCAGUGAUUCUGUGGGCCCUUUUCUGCACUAAACAGUGCAGUUAAUACCUCAUUUUCAUGAACAGUAAGCUCAUGGCAACAUUUUAAAAAAAUAAUUUGUGUCCUUAGAUUAGAUUGUACGCCCACUGGGCAGAUACUGUGUCAAAUGUUUUGUGUGGCACCUAUCACAUUGUUAGAGUUCAAUAAACGUUCAACAACAA